ACCAAGUUCAACCGAGAUAAAUCGAAACCAAAUUAACCAUGAGUCGUAAAAGAAGUGUAGCUUUGCUACUAACAUUGAUUUUUUCACCUCUUGUUUUUAAUACUGUCUCUGAACAUGAUGCUAGAGAGGAAUUUGAAAUGAUUCGGAAAACCGAGAAGCAUUUACUAGUUCUGUUUAGUAUGCCAUGUUGCUCUUGUGCAGAGUGUGUGGAAGCAGAGGUACUUUUAACCUCCAUUCAUCCAGAACUAGAUGAAGCUGUUGGUGUAAAAGUUGUGAAGUUGACAGACCAGACAGACUUGGAGAGAGAAUAUGGCAUCACAAAAAAACCUUCACUUUUGUUUCUAAGGGAGAAAAUACCAUCUCUUUAUGAUGGCGAGUUUGAAACCAAUGCACUUUUUCACUGGAUUGGUGCUAACAGAAACCCUGCCGUGAAAUAUCUUGAUGACACAAGUUUUGAACAUCUGACCCAGGCUUCUACAGGAGCAACAACAGGAGACUGGCUGGCUGUUUUCACUGACUCAACAUGUGAAAAGGGUCAAGCCCUUUUAGCAAUUUUAGAGUCAACUGCAGGCAGUUUGAAGGGAAAAGUGAAUGUAGCCAAGAUAGAUAAACAGAAAUCUCCUGAGCUUGUAGAGAGGUUCCAUGUGACAAAAUGCCCAGAAAUUCUGUAGUAAGUCAGCUUCAUGGUUUUUUCCAUUGAUAUA